UUAAAACCUUGAUUAACUCAAGCAAUAAUCAGGAGAAUUAUCUUUCCGUUAUGGCGAUUGUGGGAAUGGCAGGCUUAGGAAAGACAACGUUGGCUAAAUUGAUAUAUCAUGAAUAUGAAAUAGGAAGACACUUCCAUGAAAAAAUAUGGAUAUGUGUAUCUACUCGUUUUAAAGUCAACACAAUUUUAAGCGGAAUUUUAGAAAAGCUUAAACCAGAGAAGGCUGGGAUAAGAGGUAAGGCAACAAUAUGUGAAAACCUCCAAGAACAUUUGAAAGGAAAAAGAUAUCUUCUCGUGCUUGAUGAUGUUUGGAAUGAUGAUCCUCAAAAAUGGGAUAAUUUGAUAAGUUGUUUAUCAAAUGUUCAAGAUACUAAAGGAAGCAACAUCCUUGUCACUACCAGAAGUGUUAGUGUUGCAUCAAUUGUGCAAACACUUCCUAGGCAUGAUUUGAGAAAACUAUCAAAUGAAGAAUGUUGGCUCAUAUUAAAGGAUAAAGCAUUUCCAGAUGGGAGUGCUCCUUUAACUAAUGAUGAAGGGAGGAUUGCAAGGGGGAUUGCUAAAAAAUGUGUAGGUGUACCAUUAGUGACAAAGGUUUUGGGCAAUAUGAUGCGUUCUAAAAAGAGAGAUGGAUGGUGCUCAAUUCAAGAAUGUAACAUAUGGGAUUUACCAGAAGGAGGAGAAAGAAUAUUAUCAGUUUUGAAGUUGAGUUUUGAUCAAUUAAAAUCAUCAUCUUUGAAACAAUGUUUUGCAUAUUGCUCAAUGUUUAGCAAAGAUUUCAAAAUUCAAAAGGAUGACUUGAUCCAACUUUGGAUGGCUCAGGGGUUGCUGCACCCUUUUACCAGCGAAGGUAAUCUAGAGAUGGAGGACAUAGGUGAUAAGUAUUUUAGAAUUCUAUCCAAGAACUCAUUUUUUCAAGAUGUUACCAAGGAUGAUCAUGAUAAUAUCACUGAAUGCAAGAUGCACCAUCUUUUCCAUGAUCUUGCAAAGCAUAUAUCAGAAUCAAUGAGUAAAGACUUCAACCAGACUCGACAUAUGGCAGAAAUUCCUACCUCAGUGCUACUUGCAAAAAAAGGUGGUCAUGAAUUACACUCAGUUUUUGUGAAAGAUGAAGUUCUUGGUAAUGCCUUACUGAGCUUUAAAGGUUUACGAGUCUUAAAAUUAUAUGAGGCUGAUAUUGAUGAGUUGCCAAUUUCAAUUGGAAAGAUGAAGCACUUGAGGUAUCUGGAUGUUUCCAAAACAAAGAUCAAAUCGCUCCCCAAAUCUGUUGGCAAGCUUUAUAAUCUGCAGACAUUAAGGAUGGAUUGUCUCAACUUUGAAGAGUUUCCAAAGGAAGUGCAAAAUUUGAUAAGUUUGAGGCACAUUUAUUUUAAGUGGGACUGUGAAAAAUUUCCAGUCAGGAUGGGGCGUCUAACUAAUCUCCAAUCAUUAUCCUUUUUCAUUGUGGGUAAGGAGAUGGGUCGUGGAAUAGAGGAGUUGGCUGGCUUAAGGCAUUUGAAAGGCAAAUUAUCUCUUUAUAAUCUAGAGCAUGUGACAGAUGGAGAAGAAGCAAAGAAAGCAAAAUUAGUUGAGAAGACAAACAUAUGGAAAUUAAGCUUUGAAUGGCAGGGAGAGAGGCUGAGCAUCAACAACGAUGAGGAUGUGCUAAAAGGCCUUCAACCACACCCGAAAUUGGAGUUUUUAGAGAUUCGCAACUUUAUGGGCGAUAAGUUUCCAUCAUGGAUGAUGACUAGUUUGUUUCCUGCAAUGAAAACAUUAACUAUUGAUAAUGCCAAGAACCUAAUUGAGUGGAUGGAAGCUGCAACAUCGCUAACAGAAGUAGUGGUGUUUCCUUGCCUUGAGGAGCUGUUCCUGAGGAAAUGUGAUCAAUUGAGAAGCGUUCCCAGUCAUUUUCCAUCUCUCCAAAAGCUAGAGAUAGAUUCUAUGGAUAGCAGCAAACCAAUUGAAAAUAUAAGCAAGAAGCUUACAACUCUUACUUCUCUCACAAUAGAGAAUGUGAGGGGGCUUGCUUCUCUGCCAGAAGUGAUGUUAAAAAACAACCAGAACCUUGCAAAUUUGGAGAUAAGAGAUUGUGGGAAUUUAAGUUGUAUUGCUCCCCAUGUAUUUGGUUGUUGCGCAUCUCUUGAGUCUCUGUGUGUUUCUAAGUGUCAUAAUAUUAGGAGUUUGCCUGAUGGGCUGCACACACUCUCUCUUAAGGAGUUGAUUGUAGACAACUGCCCUAGACUGGAGUUCAUUCCAGUCACACAUGCUCUUACGUCUCUCCUGAAGUUGUCUGUAAAGUAUUGCAGGAGUCUAAAGUCAGUUCCAACUUUAAAUGGCUUUGCAUCCCUUCGUCAACUGGAAAUUGAGGGCUUUCAUGGGACAAGUCCACUGAUUGGCCUAGAGUCCUGUACCUCGCUUCAUUCACUGCGUAUCUAUGGUUGUGAACGCUUGACGCAUUUACCAGAUGGGCUAAAAAUUCUUGUCUCUCUUGAGGAAUUGACAAUAAGCCGGUGUCCUAGUCUACAAACUAUUCCGAGCUUAGACAACCUCGCACACCUCCGUGAGUUGAAGAUAUCAUUUUGUGCUGGAUUGAAAAGUCUACCCCGUGGAUUAGCAUCCCCACACUGCCUCACCAGCUUGAAGGAGUUGGAAAUUGGUCGGUUUUCGAUGAUGCUCCAUUCAUUUCCUACUUUUCAGGUAUCACAACUUGAAAGAUUGAGCUUGUGGGGUUGGCCUAAGCUCAAGUCUCUGCCUGAACAAGCUCAACACUUUACUUCUCUAACAUGUUUGGAAAUACUAUCCUUUGACGGAAUGGAGGCUCUUCCAGAGUGGCUGAGAAACCUAGCAUCUCUUGAGUAUCUACGUAUAAUUUGGUGCGUGAAUCUGAUGUAUCUACCUACAGUUGAAGCUGUACAAUGUCUCACCAAGUUAAAAGAGAUAUACAUUAGUGGUUGUCCCCUUUUACAAGAGAGAUGCAACAAGGAGAGCGGUGCAGAAUGGCCCAAGAUUUCACAUAUUCCAAAUAUCACAGUUCAAGCUUGAGGAUGCUCAUUAACAGAGACCCGACUUGUCAACCUGGAUGGAAUCAAAUUCAGUUAGCUUACAAAGUAUCCCAAAUGCUAAAUAUUUCGAAGUAGUGUGCAGUGGUGGUGUGAAGUUUAUACAACUCAAGUCAGUCACUCAUCUCAACUCAAGUUCCAUGAGAAUGAUGCUGGUGGCGGGAGGCAGUUGAAGCUAUGUGCCUGCAGUUGUAUGUCUGGUUGUGGAAAAUUGAUUUCAUUGCAUUGGAUGCAUGGUGGGUUUAUAGGUUGUUUUUACUCAACUUGAGGAACUCUUAGGCAAUGGGUACAAACAGAGUUGAAGUGCGUCAGUUCCCUUUUCCCUAAAUGAUUAUUUACUUAAGGAGUUGUUAUUGGCACUCUAAAAGUAUUAUUUUGCACUUCUCCAAGUGAAAUUUUCCCCUUAUGUUGUUAUAAUAGAGGAGUACAUGAUCACUUUUUUGGAGUGCCAAUACCAGUUACCUUUACUAGUUUCCUAAUUUGUGGAUAAUAUGCAUAUAUUAGGAAACAGUAAUUCAUGAGAUUAUGGUUGACAUACUGAUAGGGUACCUUCUAGAGUUGGCGAGGGAUUUUUGGUUUUGAAACAGACUCAGGUUUCUUGGCAGCUUCAAAUUUUAUGGAGGAAUUGGUCAAAUGCAUUUUGCACAUUCUCAUAUCUUCAGAUAAGGCAAUCAAGUUGUUGGGUGUGUCUCAAAUCAUGAAGUUCUGCAGUUUUGACUUUUUGGAAAGGUUUAUGGACACCAUGAGUUCCUGUAACUCCGGCUCAAGCAAACUUCAACGAGCCAGGAUUUUCUGUUGUAUUUUUGUGAGACUUAAUUAUUUCUGUAUUUUAUUCAUGUGUUUUGUAUCCCUGAUGGUAGGUCUUCUUAGAGUGAGAUGGUCUAAAAUUAGAAAGAUGGUUUAUGAGUUUUUGGAGU